UGAUAAUGGCACCAAGAAGAGGCGAAGAAAUGCAUCUUAAAAGAAGAGCAGCUACAGGUUGUAAAUUACCUAAUCAUUUACCAGUUGGAGAAAUACUUACUGAUAUUACUCAAAACAAAUGGAAAUUGGGGCAUACAAUAGGAUAUGGUGGAUUUGGUGAUGUAUAUUUAGCAUCAAGUGAUAUUGAUUCACCAGUUGGACAAGAUGCAAAGUAUGUUAUCAAAAUUGAACCACAUAAUAAUGGCCCAUUAUUUGUUGAAAUGAAUUUUUAUAUAAGAGCAGCUCGUAAGCAUAUGAUUGACGGUUGGUGUAAAUCACAAGGGAAAAAACGGAUAGGUGUUCCAACGUAUGAAGGAUCAGGUUCUUACACAUACCAGGGUGAAAAGUACAGAUUCUUAGUAAUUCCGAGAUAUGGUAUUGAUAUUGGAAAACUAUUUGUAUCAAAUGGAAAAAAAUUACCAACUAAACUUGUUAACAGACUAGCUAUUCAGAUGUUGGAUGCAAUUGAAUAUAUUCAUAGCCGAGGAUAUGCUCAUGCAGAUGUUAAAGGAUCAAACAUUUUAUUAUCUCUACGCGAGGAAGAUAUUAAAGCAAAGAAGUCCCAAGCAUAUUUAGUUGAUUAUGGAUUAGCUUAUCGUUUUCGUACAGCGGAAGGUAUGCAUAAACCGUUUGUUCAUGAUGAAAGAAGAGCACACGAGGGUACAUUAGAGUUUACAUCAAGAGAUGCACAUCAUGGAACACACUCAAGAAGGGGAGAUUUAGAAACACUAGGAUAUAAUAUAUUGCAAUGGUUAUGUGGUAAAUUGCCUUGGGAAAAAGAAAAUGAUACUGUACCAUCAUCAAUGGAUCUUGAGGAAGUUCAUGCACAAAAAGAAUUAUUUUUUGCAAAUUUACCAUUAUUUAUACAUAAAUGUUUUCCUUAUGAAAAGCCACCUGCUGCCAUUGUGGAAUAUAUGAAAUAUAUUACUGAAUUGGGAUUCGAGACUAAACCUAACUAUUCUUACCUGCGUGGUUUAUUUCAAUCUGGUUUUAAACAAAAAAAUAACGUUCCUAUAUAUUUAUAUCGUGAAAAAGAAUCUAAUGAGAAUAUUUCUUAUCCUAUAUCUUUUAAACGACCAUAUUUAAGAGAAAGAAAACCGUGUCGGCCUGUUAAUGCCGAGAUUCGUGUGACGCGAAAUACGCAACCGAGAUGUCAAGUUGAAAAACAAGAAUUUUGUUGGGAAGCAGUAUUAGCACUUCACCCUGAUAAACUUGCAAAAAUUAAUGUACAGUCCCCACCAUCACCACUUACACCACCCCCAUCUCCACCACCUCCAUCCUUACCUACAUACGCUAUGUUAAAUGUAAUUCAAAAGAUGAAGGAAAAACAAUCAAGCACAUUUCGACACAGAUUACCAAAAUCAUUAGAUGAUCUUAAAACAAAGUGGAUGACACCAGCCAUGGAACAAAUAGCUCAAUUAAAGAAGAAGACUUCUGUACCAGCGUUUGCUGUAUCUAAGACUUCUCCCCGUGUAACUCGUUCUCGAGUGGCUCAACUAAAACGACUUGGGAAUAAGAAGAAAAUAGAAAGCAACAAGAGAAGAAAAGGUCCAUCAUCAUAAAGAGAAUUAAUUUUUCUAAAUACUGUUCCAGUCUUCAUUCCAUGUACCAUGGAAUUACCAGCAAGUUAUCUGAAUAAUGGAUAUAUUCUUAAGUAUUAUUCUUUAUUAGUUUAUUUAGAUUUUAUAAGAAUAUACUCUUGAUGUUCUUGUUAUAAGGACAAAAUUGAAUUAAUUAGCAAUGCCUCAGGUGUGCUUAGUACACCGAUUUUUGUAAGACUGCUUUAUCAUCAUUAUUUGUCAUUCAAUAAAAUGAACAUAAUAUUUUUUAAAUAAUUGUAUAGCGAACAAAUAAUUACAAAUAGUGAGGUAUCCAAAAAAUUACAUUUUUUUAAUUGAAAUAAGACUUGCUCAUAGACACAGUGAUAAAAUAUCAUCACUUCGGCAUACAUAAAAGAUCGUAAUAUUUUGUAAUUGUCAUCAUGAACUUAUGAUCUGAAUACUACAUUAGAGAUUAUUUAAUUUUAGCUUAUUUCUUUAUUUUGUCAAAUACACAACACAAUAUUCUGUAUAAAUAACAUUUAGUAUUUUCUUGCUUUAGUAAAUGAUUCAUUUAGUGAAAUAGUAAACUGCUAGUAAUUUUUAAAAUGUUCAAAUUGUAUUUAGUUUUUUAUCAUUAUAAUUGUCUUAUAACUCAUUUGACACGAAUCACACAUCUCAUAUUUAUAUAACAAUAACAGAAUACUUUGAUUUUAUAACUAGGAAAUAAUUUGUAUUGUUAUGCAAAAUAUGGAAUUUAAGUUAGUAAAAAUAAUGUAGUAUUUUAAUAUCGAAGUACAUAUUCAAACAUAAAGUUGUCAAUAAUAUAAACAAAACUGUAGUAUAUAGUAGACCAGUAUAGUGACAAGUACAUAACGACGCGUGUAAAAAUUUACAAUCGUAAACUGUUGUUUGUUCUUAACAAAUCAGUAUUGAUCCACUAAUUAUUUAUAUAAUUAAAAUACAACAGUUCACGUUUGUUAUUGUAAUUACAAUAUACUGACAAGAAUGUGUGUGUAAUAUAAUUAAUAUAAAUAUUUUAAUUGAAUUUAAAAUUUUUUUUAUCUGACUUAAUUAAAAAAAAUCACGUUUAAAUGAUUAUGUCCUAUACUUGAAGUAUAUUGUUUCAUAUUGCUUUAAUAUACUGUAAUCUAAUUUGCGUUAAUUCCUAUCGAAUGUUUACAAAACGUAUAACCCAACCAAUAAUUGUACAUAUUUAUACAAUAGAGAUCAUGUAUAGAUAAAAGGGACAACUUAUUUGCAGUAAUUUGUGAUAAUUUUAUUUGUAUUUUCUUAAGUUAUGUGUACCUGUGCCACAAAAGCAGAAUUGCUAAAGACUUAAAGAUGUAUUGUAAUUAAACAAAUACACAUACAUUUGUAACUUU